AUGGAUCUGACUACAUCGCAACUCUACCCCUUGGCUUGGGUGACCCUUUUGGGUCUCUACUGCUCGGCGGAAAUCGCGAUCGAACCCAAAUUGACUUCAUUCCACGAACACUUCCAUCUCAACAUCAUCUCCAAAUACCAACCAAUCCAAGCCGAAGCAGUCCCGAAGGGUACGCUCGUUAUACUGUAUUAUGGCGUCGGUAUUUGGUCCCUUUUAAAUUACGGUUGUGGAUUCCAAUCACCAAUCACAAUGAUAGUCCUCCUCACCGAAGGCGACGAACGCUCUCCCUUGAAAACCACCCCGCCCCAACUUCCCUCACAAUUUCAAGCACCGGCGCCUCCGCCCUACUCACCCCCCGCUAACGCUCAUGGCCAAGGUUUACUAGGACGCCCAACACCAACCUUCUGCCAAUCACUCCACCGUGACAUCCACUCACACGACCAACCAUCCGGCUCCGUCUCACAACGCACCUCCCGGAGAUUCAUACAUAGUGUGGAUAUUGCUGCGAGGGUCGACAGGAGUAAGAUUAAUUUGGGGGAUUAUCAUGGGUAUUCGGUUGAGCUUUCUUGGGUCAUCUCCAAGACGAGCACCGACGGUAUCUACGCCGUCGCCUUGUGCCCCUUCGUUGGUGCCGGGCGGUGA